GCCCGCCCGUCGCAGCGCCGGCGCUGCCGCGGUGCCCGGCAGGGAAGAUGGCGCCGUCCCACGUCCUCAAGUGCUGCCAGAAGGUGCUGGCCUGGGUGCCCGUGGCCUUCAUCGCCCUGGUCGUGGCCUGGUCCUACUACGCCUACGUGGUGGAGCUGUGUGUGUUUACUAUUUCUUCAACUGCCGAAAAAGUUGUCUACCUUGUAGUUUUUCAUCUGUCAUUCGUCAUGUUUGUAUGGUCCUAUGGGAAGACAAUUUUCACAUCUCCUGCAACCCCGUCUAAUGAGUUCUGCUUGUCAAAAGCUGAUAAAGAACAAUAUGAAAAAGAAGAGAGACCAGAAUCCCAGCAGGAGAUUUUGAGAAGAGCUGCUAAAGACUUGCCUAUCUAUACGACAACAGCAUCGAGAGCAAUCAGAUACUGUGAUCGAUGCCAGCUGAUCAAACCUGACCGCUGCCACCACUGUUCUGCAUGUGACGUAUGUGUAUUAAAAAUGGACCACCACUGUCCAUGGGUGAAUAAUUGUGUGGGAUUUUCUAACUACAAAUUCUUCCUCCUGUUUUUAAUGUAUUCCUUACUGUACUGUUUGUUUGUUGCUGCUACAGUCUUGCAGUACUUCAUAAAGUUUUGGACAAAUGAAUUGCCAGAUACCCAUGCAAAGUUCCACGUACUAUUCCUUUUCUUUGUGGCAGCCAUGUUCUUCAUCAGCAUAUUGUCACUCUUCAGCUACCACUGCUGGCUAGUUGGCAAAAACAGAUCAACUAUAGAAACAUUCCGUGCACCCACAUUUCGAAAUGGUCCUGAUAAAAAUGGCUUUUCUCUUGGAUGCAGCAAAAAUCUAAGGGAGGUUUUUGGUGAUGAAAAGAAGUAUUGGUUACUGCCUAUCUUUACCAGUUUGGGUGAUGGAUGUAAUUUCCCAACUCGUUUGGUGAUUAUGGAUCCAGAGCAACUUGCAGUCUCAAGCCAAAAUGAACCUGCCAAAAGCUCUGUAGCCAAUCAGUCCUUUCCUACUCGACCACUCAGUGAAUCACAAAAUCGGUUGCUAUCCAGUGAUUGUCAGUGGGUGGAAACUGGCCCUGAAGAGGAAAAUGUGAAAUCAGGUGCAAAAAAGCAUAUUAUAGUUUCAUUGGAAAGCUGAUCUCAGCUAAUUACUAACCAACCAUCUCAAUGAGGAACAGGUUUCUGCAACACAUUUUGAGCUUGAAUAUUACUUAAUUUUGUUUGGAAGAAGUUGAGCAGAUAAAAAUGGAACAUGAACAUUUUAGGAAGAGACAAGAAAUUCAAGUUUCUGCACAGUACAAUGGAUUCUUGUAAGCACUAUUGCAGAGCAGGGAAGUUAAAGACAGAUGCCUUAAGAUUCUUAAUGUGCAUUUAUGCAACACUGAAUUAUAUACUGCUACCAAAGGGCCAGAUCCAGAAGUGCCCUGCUUGGAUGCACAAGGUCCAGAGUGGGAACUAUGCAUUUCUUUUAUGCUGCAGUGGUGGGGGUAGAUUGCAGAGACUCCUACCUCCUCACGGGCAAACUUCAUACCUUAGGCACUGCAGAAGUCACUUCCAUAGCAGGUCUCCAGAGUACAGAAGGAAAGAAAAAAAGGAAAGGAAU